ACAUACGCUAGUACGACCACAGGGCUUUUCUUCUUUCUCACCGAAGUUAAAUCCAAGUUUUACAAAAGUUAAAGGAUAAUGUAGUUCCCGACUGGAUAUAGUACAGUUUGACCCUAAAUUACAGACGUCCGUUUUUUUAAUCCACGUAUUGUUUUUAUUUUUGUGAGACAGUAACGAAAAGAAAAGAAGUCACCAUUGUUCGAGCUGGAUCGUCUAACGCUUCCCAGAUUUCCUGUUCCUGUGUGGAAGACUUACCGAGGGCAGCUGACGAGAUUGAGGUGCAGUGACGCAAUACACAGUAUACGAAACGCAGCCGUGUGGACUGGCACUCAGGACUAUGCAGCUCUGUCUAACACUCAUGGGGUUACCUUCCCUUGGCAGCACUCAUCAGAGGGGACGGUCACGCACUUGACCACAUUUCAUGACUUUUUGGUGAACCUCCUCUCACCCAGCUCCCUUUGACCACAGAAUUUUUUUUUCUUUCUUGUUGGCUCGUUUUAAAACGCAAUCAUUUUUUCGGGAACGAAACUGGGAUUUUCCCUCAUAUUAUACACAUCAAUGGAUUCCGGUGGCUCAGUGGUUAGAAUGGGAACUGAGGAGCAGUCCUUUCAUGUCCGCUACAGGAUGGAGGUGUCCUGCCUGGAGCUGGCAUUGGAGGGCGAGCGGCUCUGUAAGGUGGGCGACUACAGAGCAGGCGUCUCCUUCUUUGAAGCCGCCAUCCAGGUGGGCACGGAGGACCUGCAGGUGCUCAGUGCCAUCUACAGCCAGCUGGGCAAUGCCUAUUUCCACCUGCAUGACUACGCCAAGGCCCUGGAGUUCCACCGGCAUGACCUCACCUUGACCAGGACGAUUGGUGACCUGCUCGGGGAAGCCAAAGCCAGUGGAAACCUUGGCAACACGUUAAAGGUGCUGGGGCGGUUUGAUGAGGCGGUGGUUUGCUGUCAGAGACACUUGGACAUCGCCAGAGACAUCAGUGACAAGGUGGGUCAGGCACGAGCUCUUUAUAACUUUGGGAACGUGUACCAUGCCAAAGGCAAGAGUAUCUGUUGGAGUGGAGCUGAGCCUGGAGAUUUCCCAGAGGAGGUCAUGAUGGCACUGAGGAAGGCAGCUGAGUAUUAUGAGGCAAACUUGGCAAUCGUGAAGGAGCUCGGGGACCGCGCAGCUCAGGGUCGGACCUACGGCAACCUCGGCAACACGUACUACCUGUUGGGAAACUUUCGCAAAGCUGUAGCUUCUCACGAACAGCGCUUGCUCAUAGCUAAGGAGUUUGGCGACCGCUCGGCAGAGAGACGGGCUUACUGCAACCUGGGGAACGCCUAUAUCUUUUUGGGGGAAUUUGAAGUGGCAGCUGAGCAUUACAAGAGAACACUGCAGCUGGCGAGGCAGCUAAAGGACCGCGCUGUGGAGGCCCAGGCCUGCUACAGUCUGGGCAACACCUACACUCUUCUCCAGGAUUAUGAGAGAGCCAUAGACUACCACCUCAAACACCUCAUCAUAGCCCAGGACCUCAAUGACAGGAUUGGGGAGGGCCGUGCAUGCUGGAGUCUGGGAAAUGCUUACACUGCACUGGGGAACCAUGACCAAGCCAUGCACUUUGCUGAGAAACACCUGGAGAUCUGCAAAGAGACUGGAGACAGGAGCGGGGAGCUGACGGCUCGUAUGAACGUGUCUGAUCUCCAGACUGUUCUGGGUCUGAGUUACAGCACAAAUAACUCCACUAUGUCAGAGAAUACGGAUAUAGACUACAACGUGCAUGGAGCGAGGCCCAGGAUGAGCAGAAGACACAGCAUGGAGAACCUGGAGCUGAUGAAACUCACUCCAGACAAGAUGAAUGGUCAGAAGUGGAACAGUGACAUCCUGACCAAACAGUCCAAACCCUCCUUGGCUAAGGCCUCCUCCAAGCUGUUCUUUGUCAGCCGUCUGCGUGGGAAGAAGUACAAGACUGGCAGCUCCAGUAAGGUCCUCCAGGACACCAGCAACACCCUGGACACCAGCCAGACGCCCGCACAGGGACCACAGAAGCGGCUCAGUCCUGACAUGCUCGGGGACGAGGGCUUCUUCGACCUGCUGAGCCGUUUCCAGAGCAACCGUAUGGAUGACCAGCGCUGCUCAAUACAGGAUAAGGGCAGCAGGUUAUCAUUAAACAGCGGCCCAGAGUCACCGCCUAGAGCCAUCAGGAAAUCUGUAUCAGAGUCCGCCAACGUCUCUGGCGCCCAAGGCCGGCGGUUAGAGGAGUCGUCGGCAGCAGGGGGAAGCCUGCCCGGCCUCAGGCUCAAUCAAAACAGCAACCAGGCCAUGCUCAGCCACCUGAUGGCCAACGCUGACAGUGCUGAGCCUGACGACGACUUCUUCGAUAUGCUUGUCAAAUGCCAGGGAUCCCGUUUGGAUGACCAGCGCUGCGCCCCUCCCCCUCCCCCGGUCCGAGGGCCGACUGUACCAGACGAGGACUUCUUCAGCCUCAUCAUGCGCUCUCAGGCCAAACGAAUGGACGAGCAACGUGUCACCCUGCCCUCUGCAGCCAGGCCGGGCUCCAGCUCCAACUGAACUAAGCACUAAAGGGACAGCCAGGUUUUGUCUUUUUGUUUUUCAUCUCAUGAAGGUGUGGACAGCAAUGUGACUGACCAGUGGGUGGUCACUCACGGGAAAGCCUUGUGUGUCUUCACAUUUGUCCUUUUGGACAAAACAAAGCACUGUCAGCAUUAUAUGUAGUACACAGUAUGGAACAUUUUCAAAUGAACAAGGACUUGUUUCACACGACAGCGACAAACUCUCAGUAGCUUCAGGGACAAAAGUGUUUUUUCUGUACUCCUAUAAGUUUCAUUUCACCCUUCGUGUAUUUUUCAAUACACACCUGCAGU